AUGGUAGGCAAAAAAAGUCCUCGAAAAAGUACGGUGAACCAUAGCACACACUCCGGUAAACUACCGGCAAAUAUCAAAAGACUCAUAAAAAAGGGUGAAUCUAAAAUGAAUUUAAAACAGUCACCGCCUCCUAUGCUAGGGACAACAAGGCCAAGGCGAUUUAGUCUAAUAUACUCUUCAGAAUCGUCUCUGAGUGACGUAUCGGAUUCCGACAAGAAUAAAAGUACAAAUCAACAUAACAAUAAAAAGAAAGCAAAGAACAUCUCAAAUAACUCUCAAGGUAAGAAAAGUAAACUUAUACAAAGGCAAUCGGACAAUGAUGAAGAAGGAACUGAAUCCUCUGAUUACCAAGUUAUAACGAAUGAUGAAGAGAGUGAAAACACAGCAGUAAAAGACAGCGAAGAAGAAGACGAUAAUGAUGACGAUGAAGAUGAUGAUAGCGACAGUGACAGUGAUAGUGACAGUGAUAGUGAGACGAGUUCCGAUGAUGAAAAUAUAGAUUUUGUCAAACUAACAGCCCAGAGAAAGAAAAGAGCAAUGAAAGCUUUAUCUGCUAUGAAUACGAAUAAUACAACUGCCUUUUCCUCUCGCGAUAACAGCAAUAAAAUAAAAUCUACUACAACAUCUCCCAGUAAGCAACAGCCACAACCACAACCACAGCAAUCGCAAGCGCAAGAUCAACAACCGAGAAGGAAGGAACCAGAAGGUCCAAAUACUACCCAAAAGGCACUUGCCUUCAAAUUCAAAAAGGAAGGAGAUGGCAUUAGUUUUGGUAACGGAAGCGAAGAGUAUAAUGAGGACAUCGGCGAAGAAGUAUUAGAAUUGAAAAAUAAAAAUGGUAAAGAUAACGAAGAACAAGAAACAAGCCCCAAGGUCGCGUUGGGUAAUGAUGACGAAUUACGGUUUCCCAAUAUUUCCGAAUCAGAUGAAUCAGAAUACGAUAUUGACCAAGAUGCAUAUUUCGACGUAAUCAAUAACGAAGACUCUCAUGGAGAAAUCGAUACAGAUUUAGAAACAGGAGAUGACGAUUUUCCUAUUUUAGAAGAAGAAGAACAAAAUAUUGUCUCUGAACUGCAGAACGACGACCAACUGUCGUUUGACGGCAGUAUACAUGAAGAAGGAUCUGAUCCGGUGGAUGAUGCUGAAAAUAAAUUCUUACAAAACGAAUACAAUCAGGAAAACGGUUACGAUGAAGAAGACGACGAGGAAGACGAAAUUAUGUCUGAUUUUGAUAUGCCUUUCUAUGAAGAUCCAAAAUUUGCUAAUCUCUAUUACUAUGGUGAUGGUUCGGAACCAAAGUUGUCUUUAAGUACAUCAUUACCUCUAAUGUUGAACGAUGAAAAAUUAUCUAAAUUGAAAAAGAAAGAGGCCAAAAAACGUGAGCAAGAAGAAAGGAAACAAAGACGAAAGCUUUAUAAGAAGACGCAAAAACCAAGUACAAAGACCACUUCCAAUGUUGAUAACGAUGAAUAUAUCUUCGACGUUUUCUUUCAAUCCGAUGAUGAAAACGGUGACAAUAACAACGCCAAGAAAAAGAAUAAGCAUAAAUCGGAAAACAAAGACGCUAUCAAGCAUAAGGAUAAAGGCCUACGCUUAAUCGAACCGAACGAUAAAUCAGAACCGCCAUUACACCAUAUGGGCCAGGGAUCCAGGAUGUCUGACUCUUCUGAUGACGAAUAUGAUAACAUUUUAUUGGAUGUUGCCCACAUGCCCUCUGAUGAUGAACACAGUGAAUCUGAAGCAUCCCAUGAUGCUGAUACAGAUGAGGAAUUAAGGGCACUGGAUUCAGAUAGUCUGGACAUCGGCACGGAGUUGGAUGACUAUUGCGAAGACGACGAUGAUGACGACGACGACGACUCCAGCGUUACAAAUGUGUUCAUUGAUAUUGAUGAUUUGGACCCUGAUUCAUUCUACUUCCAUUACGACGACAGUGAUGACUCUUCCUCUGUUUCAGGCUCUAACUCAGAUCAGAAGAAUCAAGACGAAUCCAAAGAUUGUAAACAUGAUCUACUGGAGACUGUAGUGUACGUUGAUGACGAAUCAACAGAUGAAGAUGACAAUCUACCACCUCCAAGUUCUAGGUCUAAAAACAUUGGUUCAAAGGCUAAAGAAAUUGUAAGUUCAAACGUUGUUGGACUCCGUCCUCCCAAGUUAGGUACGUGGGAGACUGAUAACAAACCGUUUAGUAUCAUCGAUGGCCUUUCUACCAAGUCAUUAUAUGCUCUAAUCCAAGAACAUCAACAGCUUCGCGAACAACAUCAAAGAGCUCAAACUCCAGACAUCAAAAAAGAAGGUAGCGCUAACAGCAAUAAUGCUACCCUUAAUGGGGAUGAGUUAACACUUAAUGAACUUUUGAAUAUGAGUGAACUGGAAGACGAUUCACCAUCCCAUACAGACGAUAUGGGUAGUAAUAGUAAUGGAAAUAGUACAGUCAAUAACAAGAGUACUAAUGGACAUGCUGCGGAUUGGUACGAGGUCCCCAAAGUUCCUUUAUCUGCAUUUAGAAAUAAGGGCAUCAACGCAUAUGAAGAAGAUGAAUAUAUGCUACCCACAAAUUCCAAUAGAAAGGCGCCCAUUGGCUAUCUUGGCAAUGAAAGAACAAGGAAGAAGAUUGACAAGAUGAAAGAGUUGCAACGGAAGAAAACCGAAAAGAAACGACAGUUAAAGAAAAAGAAGAAGCUUUUGAAAAUCAGAAAGGAAAGAGAAAAGGCAAAAAAAGAGCAAGAAACUAUGACGUUGCAAUUAGGCGUCAGCGGACAUGAUACCCCCAUUAACAACAAUAACAGUAAUAGUGAUAUAAAUACAGGAACAGAUUUCACCACCAAUGAAAAUACUCCUUUGAAUGAUCUGCACACUCAUACACCUGACGAGACAUCGCUGUCUCGUAACACUAGUCUUACUAUGGGCGCUAAUACAAGAAAAAAUUCAACAAAGAGUGUCGGUUUAGAUGAGAUUCAUGAAAUCUUGGGUAAAGACGGCGAUGACUUGCUAUCCGUGGACAAUAUAAACGACUACGAUACACAAGGAAAUCAUGCAAUUGAAGAUACCGACGCCGACAUUUUAGCAUCGUUAACCGCUCCUGUUCAGUUUGAUAAUACACUGGACAGUGAAAACAGUAACUCUAUGUGGAGAAGGAGACAGAGUAUGGUAGAAGCAGCAGCUGAAAACCUUCGUUUUACCAAGAAUGGUUUAUUUAGUGAAAGUGCUUUAGCUGAUAUCGAGGGAAUUAUGGGUAAUGACACCAACCAACCAUUCGAGUUCAACGAUGUCUUAUAA